AUGCCAAUCAGCACGUCCACGUCGCCGCUUUGGCGUCGUGGAGCUCUUCGUCCCUCCGCUCUACAAUACUACAGGACCUCCAUACUGCAGCGCCACGCCUUCUCUUCCUACUUCGUCACGCCGAAGGAGCUUAACGAUGCUAUCAGCACAAACGCGCCGACAGCAAUCUCGACCGCCCCAAAAGUCGUACCCAUUUGUGCCGCAUGGUUCAUGCCCAACGAUCCCGAGAAGAGAACGGGACUGGAAGUCUUCAAGAAGAAGCGAAUACCGACGGCAAGGUUCUUCGACAUCGAUGAGAUAAAAGACAGUGAAUCCCCUUAUCCCCAUAUGCUGCCCACAUGUGAAGCAUUUGCAGAUGCCAUGUCCAAACUUGGUGUGAAAAGAGAUGAUGAUCUGGUGGUAUAUGAUACUGAAGAGCUGGGAUUGUUCUCUGCUCCACGAGUCGCCUGGACAAUGAGAGUAUACGGUCAUCCCAAGGUACACGUGCUGAACAACUUCCGGCUUUGGGUAAAAGAAGGUUAUCCUGUUGAGACGGGCCCUCCAGUGGUCCCUAACAUUACGAAAUACUCGGUUCCAAGCUACAACACGGAUAUGGUGGUCAAGUUUCCGGAGAUGAAGACAAUCGGAUAUGACUAUGGCAAGGAAGGCUCUGAAGAAAUCCAGAUACUUGACGCACGAUCCAAAGGCCGUUGGGAGGGCGUUGAGCCCGAACCAAGACCGGGCUUGAAGUCUGGUCAUAUGCCCGGAUCAACUAGCUUGCCAUUCCAAGAGCUGCUUGACCCUGAAACAAAGGCUCUCAAGCCUCGCGAAGAACUGCGCAAGAUCUUCGAGGAGAGACACCUCGACCCGAACAAGCCCUUUAUUACCACUUGUGGUACCGGUGUUACGGCGGCCAUCAUCGAGGCUGCUCUCAAAGAGGCGGACUAUGGCUCCGAAGAUGAUCGAAGACUAUAUGACGGCAGCUGGACGUGA